UGUUCACAGUUUAUGUUAGAUAGGUAAAUUGUAACAGGUAUACAAUGUCGCUUAUGUAUGUGUCACACGUGUGAUACUGACAGUUACGGCUAAUUACAUGUGAGAGAGGGGCUUGGCUAUUUACACUCCUACACUGUAUGUAUACAAACACUCUCACUGUGCAAAUAUUUUACACCUGUACACAUUGUAUGUGUCCGCCAUCUUUGACAGCGGGACGGGGCCACUAGUCACACGGGGAGUUAUAGAGGUGAGUACUUAAACAAGCAUGGCGGACGAGAGAGGGUUGUACCGGCCAGAGUUCUAUAUCCUUUGGGACACUGGAUUUAAGGAGGAAGAACUCCCGGAAGAUACAGUGACUGUUUGCGUCAUAAGUAAAGAUGGCGGCAAACAAACUCAGUCAAACAUAUUUCAUUCGGAAGCUGAAGACGAACAGAGGGCAGACGAAAAAUGUUUCGAAUGGAUUUCUAACGAACCUUUUGUUUUGGAGGGGGAUGACCUCCACAUAGAGUUAUACAUGAAUUACUCGCCGUCACCAUCAUUUUCAAACCCUUUCAGCGAGUUCGUAAUGUCACUUCAUGAACAGGAAAAGAAUUUUUCUAUUUCUUUGAAAAUUGUAAAACUUCGCGGUGUCGAUGGAGAUGGCGACGAGGAGGAAGAAAACAGAGACGGAUUACGUGAAAUGAAAAAGGCGGGAAUCUCUGUAUCGUCCGUCUGCUGUCGUGAUUGGCGUGGCCUGAAAGACAUCAUGGAAGAUUUAGAAGGAGGGAAAGUUCACGAGAAAAACUGCAAAAGUGUUAAGAAACAAUUGAAAUACAUUUUCUCAAACCCGAAGGAAGCAGAAACAAACACUGAAUUAGAAACGGCAGAAGUUGAGGUCAUGACAGAACUGGAAACGGCGGAGGUAGAGGUCAUGACAGAACUGGAAACGGCGGAGGCAGAGGUCAUGACUGAUCCCAUUGAGGAACCAGAACCGGAACCGGAACCAGAGCCAGAACCAGAACCGGAACCGGAAUCCGACAGUAGUUCAAGUUCAGAUGACGAAUGAAGCAACUCAAACAGAAACACUCACUUCAAAUGUAAAAUUUUCAAUAUUCCGGUGCCAGCUAACAUAUUAUAUAGCGAGGACAUUUUGUUGAUAUGUAAAGGAAGGUUUUUACUUUUCGUAGCGUUAAUCAACUUUAUUAUAUAAACUGUAGCAUAUUUUCUCAGUAUCUGUAAACAGUCGUGAUCAUUUGGCUUCUUAUGAAAUUACAUGUCAUUUCAAAAUCA